GGCAAGCAACCCCCACCUCUUUCUUCCCUUUUUCUACCCGAACACGGAACACAUCAUAAUCCACAGCGAUCACAUCUCUCUCUCUCCACCGUCCUCUGAAGUUGCUCUCGUGCUCUGCUUCCUCUCGGUCCCAAGGAGCGGCCGCCAUUGCUGCUGGCAGAUUGAUGGCGAUGGAGGGGCCUGUUCUGUGCCGUCCCGCGAUGCAAGCAAAACUUCCUUCUGCUGCGCUCAUCAGCAACUCCCUUGUCAAAUCUGGGCAACUUGGGACUGCAUUCUUUGGUGCCAUGUCAAAAUACAGGAACAUUACUAGAUUCAUUUCUCCAAUCUCUCAACCGCCCGUGAAAAAUUCCAGCCAUGUUUGCUGUAGCUUCAGCUCAUCUUCUGAUGGUAAUGGAUACAUGGCUGGAAACUUUAGCGAGAGUGAUGAAGAUUAUGUUAAUUCGACUGUUCUAGAAGCUGUUGAGGUUAGAAGUGGAUCAGAAGGAUAUGUAAUCAAGAUGCGAGAUGGCAAAAACCUGCGAUGUGUGCAUAAUAAUUCUCAAGGAAGAAAUAUUCCUGAGAGUGCACCACAACCAGCUAUUGUUUUGAGGAUUGAAGAUGGAAGCGAAACUUUACUUCCAAUCAUCGUUUUAGAAAUGCCAAGUGUACUUUUGAUGGCAGCUAUUCGCAAUGUCCACAUUGCACGACCUACCAUAUAUCAAGUUGUCAAGGAAAUGAUUGAUAAAAUGGGUUAUGAGGUAAAACUUGUUCGGGUAAACAAAAGAAUUCAAGAAGCAUAUUGUGCUGAACUCUAUCUGACAAAGACAGAAGAUCCUACAGAUAGUAUCACCUUUGAUCUUCGACCUUCAGAUGCAAUCAACAUUGCAGUUCGCUGCAAGGUUCCUAUUCAAGUUCAUAGAAGUCUUGCAUACAGUGAUGGCAUAAGGGCAGUUGAGCCAGCAAGAAUGGCGGUAGCAGCUGGUGUAUCAGAGGGGCUGUUGUUUACAGAACUUGAUAGACCUGAUGGACAGCCCUGUCUUGAGGCUCAAGAGUUUGGAUUAGUGCGGAACAUGCUCAUCGCAGCUGUUGAAGAGAGAUACAAGGAUGCUGCAUCAUGGAAGGACAAACUGAUGCAGCUGAGGUCCAAGCGGAAGAAUUGGGCCUGACAGGUUCUAAACUCGUGUAGCUCUGUUUUCCGUCUAGUCAUUCAACCUUCACAUAUUUGUGAUUGCUUCUCACUCUUGACAGUGUGGCCUGUCUUGAUGGUGUAAAUAAAGAUGACGCCCUGCUGGAUUCCAGUGUGCAUUCUAGAUGACUUGACACUGGCUAUGGUUCUAUGUAACUAGAUGUACAUAUUAUAUGGACUUGAGAAUUGGCUUCUGUAAAUUCAGACUAAGCUUCCAAGUAAAAACUAAUCCAUGGAAAGCAAAAAUCCGUCAUAUUUGUGGGCGCAAAUGUGUAUGUCGUCGGAAUUAAAAUAUCUUCAGCGACAUCCUGCCCCAA